UUUCUAUUACCUCUCUGGUUACAUAUAUAGCGUGGAAAUACGUAACAUAAUUGACCUCAAGUCAAGCUCGUUUAAGUCUUUCUGCUGUUCUCUUCUUCCAAUUCCAUUGUUAGAGGAGGAGAAAGGUGCUAUCACCUAUGGCUCUAUCCUUCAAUCCUGCUUGUUUCUUCUCCUUUCUCAUUCCCUUAAUGGCCGCCUUUUACUUUGUUCAUGGAGAGCCUGAGUUCCUAUCUAAUUGUACCAAAGAAUUCUCCUGUGGAGCUAUCGGUUUUCUGGACUUCCCUUUUGCUAAACACACACAGCCUCAAUGUGGUUUAGUUGCAGUUAAGUGCAAUACAACACCCCCAACUGUUCAGCUGGGAACGGGAGGAGAUUGGUAUCCGCUUCUGCUUGUGAAUCGUUUCAGGGGUGCCUAUAUGAUCUACCUUGGAGACUCAAAGCUUCAGAGACCCUUUGACAGCGAUAAUUACUCAAAUCUAAAUUACACCCUCCACUUUCAGAAAUCUCCUUCUAUCACAUUCCUCAGCUUCGAUCCAAGCACAUGGAACAACCAUUUUAAAUGCAUCAAUGGCAGUGAAGCUGUUAUCCGCAAUUAUGAAAGGUAUAACUGUACUCAAGGAUAUAGUUUGUACUAUAAACGUCACUUGCCAGAGAAUCCCAAAUGUGGUACUGUUAACUGUACCCUGUAUCCAAAUCCAAUUGUUAUUCAACAAACAAAAGAUGGCUUAACUGCUCAAUUUGGAUUGCACUUGCAAGUCUCAGAAACUUGCCAGGAUUGUUACCAAGGAGGAGGGCAAUGCACAGAAGUCAGCAACAAUGAAUUUCACUGUGCACAAGGAAAUAAUAGCAAGAGCAAGUCAAUUCUGAUCAUAGCUUCAGUUUCAGGCGCUUUAGCACUGAUCCUUUUAAGUUUCGCAAUCUUUGUUGCUUGGCGAAGCAAGAAAGGAAGCAAAGGAUAUUCGAGAUAUAAAUCUUCAGAUCCCUCCUCAGGCCUUGAGAUAGGGAGGAGUAGGCUGUUUGGAAUUCUAGUCUUCUCCUACUCUGAACUUGAAGAAGCUACAACCAAUUUUGAUCCUUCUAGAGAGCUUGGAGAUGGAGCUUUUGGCACUGUUUACUAUGGGAUACUUGGGGAUGGAAGAGAAGUUGCUGUGAAGCGCCUUCAUGAGCGAAACUGCAAGAGAAUGGAGCAGUUUGCUAAUGAAAUCUCAAUUCUCACCCGGUUGAAGCACCGAAAUCUUGUUACACUAUAUGGGUGCUCGACGAGGCAUAGCCGUGAGCUCCUCUUCGUGUAUGAAUACAUUCCUAAUGGAACCAUUGCAGAUCACCUCUAUGGAAAACGAGCAGCAGAUCGACUGCUCACAUGGCCAAUCCGCAUGAAGAUUGCAGUGGAAACCGCUGCAGCAUUGGUUUAUCUCCACGCUUCAGACAUAAUACACCGCGAUGUCAAGACUAGUAACAUACUUCUCGACCACAAUUUCUGUGUCAAAGUGGCAGAUUUCGGGCUCUCGAGACUCUUCCCUGCUAAUGUCACUCAUUACACCACUACACCCCAAGGGACACCUGGAUACGUUGACCCAGAUUAUCACGAGUGUUAUCAGCUAACUUAUAAGAGUGAUGUUUAUAGCUUCGGGGUUGUUCUUAUCGAACUUGUAUCAUCAAUGCCUGCUCUUGACAUGCGUAGGCAUACAGACGAAAUCCAUUUGGCAAAACUAGCAAUGAGAAAGAUUGUAACGGGAGCAUUUGAUGAACUCGUUGAUUCCUCUCUGGGAUAUGAGAAUGAUACCGAAAUCAAUAGAAUGACCACAUCAGUAGCAGAGCUAGCUUUUCAAUGCUUGCAGCCUGACAAGGAUAUGAGGCCUACAAUGGAACAUGUUUUCGAGUCACUAAAGGAGAUUCAAGGCAAUGAGUUGAGCAAUGACGACGAAAGGGUGAAUGGUGAGGAAACUAAUGUGUCUAAAGAAGAGGAGGUGCGACGAAAAGCAAUGCGAUGGACAUGGGGUGGUCCUUCACUUGCAGAUGGUGUGAUUUUGAAGCACGUUGCAGCUACUAAGAGCAGUUCUUGAAGUCACUGGAACUGGCAAUUGGCUUUUUACUAUAUGGGAUUUGUAACAGAGUAUUUGAUUUCAUCUUCUUAUCAAACUUAUGAUUACUGUACCUAGUAUUCUAUUCCAGGGAGUAUAUAUUCUAACCACACUAUUGUUAUUGAUUUUUAGCAAAUUAGGCAUUCUAUUAUGUUUUUGA